AUGAUCGACAAAGCUCUGUAUAACCAAGACUACUCCGAAAUCGACAUCGAUACGGCGGUCGAAACUAUGGGAAAAACAGGCUCUCCGCCGCCCACGAUUCCCGCCAUUAUCGAUUAUCUCUCAGCUGCACCUCACAAAGUGAUCAUGGUGGAUAAUACGAGCUCUGGAGCAAUCGCCGAAUCAUACCCGAGCUUUCUGAGACGAGGGAUAAGCAUUGUAACUCCCAAUAAGAAAGCUUUUUCCGGAAGCUACCAGCUCUGGCAAGAUAUUUUCAGUGCCGCCAAGUCUGGCGGAUCACUCGUUUAUCACGAGUCAUCGGUCGGAGCAGGCAUGCCGAUUAUUUCAACCAUGAAAGACUUCGUUCAAACAGGCGACGAAGUGACAAAGAUUGAGGGUGUCUUCAGUGGAACUAUGUCAUAUCUGUUCAAUUCUUUUGCCCCCUUAAACGGAACAGGCAGCAAGUGGUCAGAUAAUGUGAAGAAGGCAAAGGAGCUCGGAUUCACGGAGCCCGAUCCCCGCGAUGAUCUGAAUGGUCUGGAUGUCGCUAGGAAAUUGACCAUCUUGGGUCGUUUAGCCGGAUUGCCAAUUGAAGAUCCCAGCUCAUUUCCGGUCCAGAGUUUGAUCCCGGGCAAGCUGGAAUCUGCGAAAAAUGGUGAUGAAUUCCUCCAGAGACUGCCGGAGUUUGAUUCGCAAAUGGAAGAGCAAAAGGUUGCAGCGCAGAAGGCUGGAAAGGUUGUCAGAUACGUUGGAAGCAUUGAUAUGGUCAGCAAGCAAGUCAAAGUUGGAAUGGAAUGGUUCAAUCCCACCGACCCUAUCGCUACGCUGAAGGGGAGCGACAACAUUAUCAGUUUCCACACGAAGCGUUAUGGAAGUAUGCCUCUCAUUAUACGCGGCCAGGGGGCUGGUGGAGAUGUCACUGCUAUGGGUGUUUCUGGGGAUCUUCUAAAGGUAUUGGUUCAACUCGAUUAG